AUGGAGGCUCAAGACUUCAAAGACGCCGUGCGUUAUGCCGAGUUGGAAUUCAGCACUUUCUCUCGGACGAAGGACGAUGUGAUUCCAUCUCCGUUCCCCGACACCACAACGAUCGUGACCAAGCAAACUAUUGGAGUUUGCGGUAUCGUCGCACCUUGGAACUUCUCCAUUGCCAUGAUCACCAGAAAGAUUGCUCCCGCUAUCGCCGCCGGCUGCACUGUAGUGGUCAAACCCCCCAGCGAGACUCUAUUAUGCGCUCUCGCUUUGGCGAAGCUGGCGUUAGAAGCUGGCCUUCCCCCCAACGUUAUGCAGGUGAGCUUCAUCGGUUCUACCAAGGUUGGAAAAGCCAUCACGGAGAAGGUGACCAUGACCAUGAAGAAGAUUUCCAUGGAACUUGGUGGCAGCGCUCCGUUCAUCGUGUUCGAGGAUGCCGAUAUCAAAAAGGCCAUUGCGGCCCUCAUGGGUUGCAAGUUCCGUUGCUCCGGUCAGACCUGUAUCUGUGCAAACCGUGUCUUUGUCCAACGGCCCAUCUCCGACACCUUCAUCUUCAAAUUAAAGGGUCGCAUGCAAAGCCUUAAGGCGGGAUCGCCAUUCGACCCCACGAUGACCAACGGCCCAUUGAUGAAUAAGGCGGCUGUGGCGACCACGCUGCGACUUAUUGGUCUCCAAAGGUACCACACUGGUCCCUUGAUUACCGGCAUUAAGCCAGGCAUGGCACUCGCGCAUGAAGAAAUCUUUGGCACCAUUGCACCCGUUAUCACUUUCGACAAGGAGGAAGAAGUCGUCGAAAUAUCCAACAACACCGAAUUCGGGCUGGCUGGCUAUUUCGUCUCCUACGACUAUCGCCGCAUAUGGAGCGUGGCCAAGGCCCUAUAG